UCUCUCUCUAUCACACACACUUUCUUUUCUUCCUCCCCCUCUAUUGGUUGUGAUUGUGAGUGAGUGUUGUUUCUACGUCUCUGUAGAGAGGUAGAGAAUAGAAGAGAAGAGAAGAAAGAAACAAGGGGAAUCACAUUGUUCUUGUGCACGUGCUCAUGCAGGCGUAGCCUCCUUAUAAUAAAUCUUCUUUCUUUUUUACUUCUUUCCUAUUUUUGGUUUAUUUUUUUGUUUCUUCAUUUCUGUGUUCUUGUUCUGACUUAGAAAAAAACACACUCCCCUCCACCUGUUUGUAGAAAGUCUCAAAUCAAACCAAAGCACCCUUUUUUGCUUCUCUUUGGGGGAUUUUCAGAUUGGAUUGAAUUGAAUUGAAUUAAAUUGAGCUGUUCAUCAAGGAAAGAAAAGAAGAAUGGGAACUAGUGUUGGGAGGUUUCUAAUGAUGUUGCAGAAUGAAGGGGCAGUUGGAAGUGGAGGAGGUGAAUCAGUGUUAGACUCAAUCAAGAUUGCAGUGUUACCAAUAGCAAAGGUGUUCACCAUGUGCUUUUUGGGGUUCCUCAUGGCUUCAAAGUAUGUUAACAUCUUACCUGCUUCUGGGAGGAAGCUCUUGAAUGGGCUUGUCUUUACACUAUUGCUACCCUGCUUGAUAUUCUCUCAAUUGGGACAAGCUGUUACCCUGGAGAAGAUGCUAGCCUGGUGGUUUAUUCCAGUCAAUGUUGUGCUGAGUAGCAUAUCAGGCUCAAUAAUUGGUUUUAUUGUCGCCUCCAUCAUCCGCCCCCCAUACCCUUUCUUCAAGUUUACAAUUGUACAUAUUGGAAUAGGGAAUAUUGGGAACGUGCCGCUUGUCCUGAUUGCUGCUUUAUGUCGAGACACAUCCAAUCCUUUUGGUGACACUGAAAAAUGCAGCACAGAUGGAACUGCCUAUAUAUCAUUUGGCCAGUGGGUUGGUGCUAUCAUCCUAUACACGUAUGUAUUUAAUAUGUUGGCUCCUCCUCCAGAAGGCACAUUUGACAUUGAUAAUGAAAGCCUUCCACUGAAGGGUGCUCCAAAUAAUGAUGCCUCACCUGAACAAAAUCAACGAACAACUCCAUUGCUUGCUCCAAAGGAGGAGGAAACCCAAAAGGAAGAGGUCAUUUUGACAGCAUCAAAUGCUUCAAGGGAAUGGAAGAUUAAAGAUAUUUGGGCAUUUCUUUAUGAGAAGUUGAAGCUUAAGCAAAUUAUUCAACCCCCUAUCAUCGCAUCGAUUCUGGCCAUGGUACUUGGUGCAGUCCCAUUUCUCAAGAAACUCAUCUUUACACCUGAUGCCCCAUUAUUCUUCUUCACUGACAGCUGCAUGAUACUUGGGGAGGCCAUGAUUCCGUGCAUUUUGUUGGCACUGGGAGGAAACCUUGUUGAUGGACCUGGAAGUUCAAAACUUGGUUUUCGGACAACUGCUGCUAUCAUUUUUGGGCGGCUGGUUUUAGUGCCUCCCGUUGGACUUGCCAUUGUAAUGACGGCUGACAGGCUUGGUUUUCUGCCACCUGAUGAUAAAAUGUUUCGGUUUGUCCUACUCAUUCAGCAUUCAAUGCCAACAUCAGUUCUUUCAGGUGCCGUUGCUAAUCUAAGAGGCUGUGGAAGGGAAGCAGCUGCAGUAUUGUUCUGGGUCCAUAUCUUUGCAGUAUUCUCAAUGGCUGCAUGGACUAUUCUAUACAUAAACAUACUCUUCUAACAUCAGAGUUUGUGAUUAUUGCUUUUGCAAAAUUCAAUUCCAAUUUAUGUUGUCCAUAGGGAGGUUAUAGAUUAGUGGAUAAAUAACAGUAUUCCAUUGAACAGAAGGAUCUUCCUCAAAAGAAAUGAAAAAAAAAAAAAUUCUUAACCGAUGAAAGCUGGACAUAAGGUAUCUAUUCACAUGCCAUGCUUGGAUGGGGCCAUUUUAUUUCAUUGUUGAUUGCGUUUGUCAAAAAAAAAAAAAAGAAAAAAAAGAAAAACCACCUUGAGAAUUCUUAGUAUAGUA